AAACAAACUUAUUCAGCACAGACCUUUACCAACACACAAAUGGUCAAGUUAAUUAGUAGAACUUUCGUGACAUCCCGAACACGAUUAAAAUGAUAAAACCUCAGUUUUUAAGGAAGAACUUUUCCGUAUUUCACUCCAUAAAGUUUUUUAAAUUCGUUGACAUCGGAAGUAUUGAAAAUGAGGAAAAAGUCUUUAUUUAUUUUAUUUUUUCUAAAUAUUUAUCAAAUUAAUUGUUCCUGUCCACCACCUGAUCCAGAAGUGUCAUGUUUCUCGCAGCAAGAUUUUGAUGAAUUAUUUUCAAACGAAACAGUUUCAAAUGAUCUAACUGAGCAAAUUCUACUCAAUAGUGUUGGAAUUAAUGGAUUUUUACUUACUGAAGACAAUCCAGUGUAUCAUCAUUUUAAGACUAAUGAUAUUGAUGAGUUUGUGAUACAACAGAAUCGAUAUACGACAAUCAUCAUAAAUACUUUACAAUUAUUAAAAUCCAGCAGAAACUAUACAAAAAAUCAAUUAAGGAAGUGCUUGAAAAAUAUUGUUCUUCCUUCAAAUCUUCCAAGUUUAACACUAAACUGCGUUCCUGGAAAGAAUAAUUACUAUCGUCUAGAUGGUCAAUGUAAUAAUUUAAAAAAUCCUCUUCGCGGUUCCUUGUUCACGCCAUUCCUUCGAUUAAUGGAAGAUGGUUAUGAUGAUGGCUAUGAAACCGUAUCAAAACUUAGGAAUGUAGAAACUUCACGAUCAGAUUCAAAUGUUGCAAACACAGCUCGUGGACUUAAUGAAAAUCUUUCGCCUGAAACUUCAAGUGAUAUGUCGACAAUGGCAUUUCAAAUUCUCACACAUGAAUUGAUGAUGACAUUAAAAGUUCAGCUUCAACCUGAACAUCAUAAAGGAGGCUUUGACUGUUGUAAUUCUGCUGAUAAUCCACUUUUAGCUAAUUUAGUGAAAAUCAAUAAAUACUGCAUGCCUAUAUAUAUCCCAAAUAAUGAUCCAUGUUAUGCUGGAAAGACAAAAUGCUUAAACUACGUUCGAUCAUUUAGAGCUUUUGAUCAAUGGAAUAUCCAGUCAGCACCAUCUCAAGUCAACUUCCACACUCCAUACAUUGAUCUUGAGCUGAUUUACCACAAUAAAUCAUUUGAGCAUCUUGAGGAGAACAGUGGCUUAUUUGAUAUUGCAAAUGACACAAAAAUGAAUCAAAUUCUUGUUGGAUAUGAUCCUCGAUCAAUGCAGUUGCCUGGAUUGUUCCUUUAUUUAUCAUAUUUCCUUCGAUUGCACAAUGAAAUAUUCAAGGAGUUCCGACGAAUACGACCAACUGUUCCAGCCAGUACAGUGCUUUUUGAAACUCGUAAAAUUGUCACAGCUGUUUUUCAAAAAAUUUCUAUCGACCUUAUUAUUUCUGUUAUGGAUUUUGACAUUCCAUCACAAAAAUGCUACGAUCCUUCAAUAGAUCCACAAGUAAGUUUAGAAUUCAGCAUUGCAUUCCGUGCACUUCACUACUUCAUUCGAGACAAAAUGGGAGUCUACGAUAAGAAACAUUUUAAUAUUCCAUCCGGAAUUCGAGGAAAGUUUCCAACAUUAAUCGAUCAGUCACAACUUAUAGAAAAUUUCACAGAAUAUGAAAUCAAUAAAUGUGGAUUAAUGCAUGGUCUUGUUGAUACAUCAUGGAAUCUUGGUGGAAUGGGCGACACAACUCGCUGUAAAUUUUUCUCAACGGAUUCAAAGAAGCUUGGAACUGACUUGCGAUCAAUGGACUUUCAAUUUGGACGAGAAAUGGGUGAACCAUCAUAUUUGACGUUCCUUAGAUUUUCUGGACAAUUAAAAAAGUGUGAUGCAGAAGUAAAAGCUUCUGACUUGUCAAAUUCCUUUGAUUCUGGAACAUUAAAUUUCUUAACCAAAAGAUAUCAAAACAAAAUUCAUGAAAUGGGACUGUCAAUAGGAUUAGACUUUGAAGCCAGAAAUGGAGCGAUUUUAGAGCCUGGUGUGCAGUUCAUAAUCACAGAUCAGCUUAAGAGAACAAUUUGUGGAGAUCGAUUUUGGUUCAAUCAUGAUAAUGGAAUUUUCACGAGAACUCAACGAGACCGAAUAAAUGCAAUGGAUAUGAAUCAAAUUUUAUGCAUAAAUCACGAUUGUAACAGCACAAGAAUCCAAUUUUUCCCAUUUUUAUCAGCUGGUAACAGCAAUCGCAAAGCUGUUUGUCCUGCAACAUCAGAUAUUAUUGGACUUCUCGAUCUAAAGACCUGGUGAACAUCAAUGUUAGUGGAUAAAAUUCUGUAAAUUUGUCAAAAAUAUUCCUUAACUUAAAAGAGUUGGUGUUAAGUAUGUGUGCGUAAAUAAAGGACUUUACAAGCUAGUUAUUGAAAUUUAAAAAAGAUUUUUUUAUUAAAAUGAUUUUAAAAUUGACAUUUAAUGAAUAGGCAGCAUAGAUAUUCACAUUGCUAAAUGGACUGUAUGCGCGAUUAAAGUGAUCAGCGUGAGAUGCAUGAGUGACUGCUUUGUUACAAUUUGUUUGAACUGCAAACAGGGGG